AUGCGUGUCUAUCACCCACCACCUCAACCUGCCCCUACAGACAAUAUUUUCACGUAUCAGGCUGGUGAACCUCCGAACAUGGGUCCGAACCAUCCAAAUAACCAGCUUCCUGGCUUUAGUGCUGCCUUUGGCGGGCUUGAUUCUCGCAUGAUACCCCAGGGUCCUGGCCAGAAUCAAUAUACAUAUCCACCACCUCUCCCUCCUCCAUCAUACCCAACUCCUGCGAGGCAGCACAUUGACCCUUCGUUAAUGGACUACGACAACGAGGAUGACGAGGAUGAAUUCCCACCUGUGUCCACCCUGCUUGAGCAUGCUGCCAAGCCAGCGAAAAAGAUCGCAGGGAGCCGUCGCACGAGCACUGUUAUUACUACUGCCAAAGCUAAAGGCAAGGCACGUGCCAUCGACAAUACUGGACCGCUGAAACGUGGCCGUCAACAGGGAGCACCAAAUUAUAACGAAGAUGACAUUGAUGCUCUACUCGAUGCGUGCGAAUCGUGUUUGCCUGUGGGUGCGAAGAGUUGGAAUAUUGUUGAAGCCACCUUUGCACGGUGGGCGAAUGACAAUGACCGUCCAGCUCGCUCGUCCAAGUCUCUCGAACUCAAAUUCAAGCAAUUUGUUCGAACAACGAAGCCAACAGGGGAUGCAGAAUGUCCUCCUUACAUUGACCGAGCACAUUACAUCGACACUUUGAUUAACGAGAAAGCUGGGACUCGUGAUCUUGAUGACGAAGAACUUGCUGAUGAAGUUGUUGAAAUCUCGGAUGACGACGACGACGACGACCCAACAGUGUCAGCCCUUUCGAAGACCAAGCCAACUCAAAUCAAGCACGAGGCCCAAGAGCCUCGUCUUGGGCCUGCUGCUCGCCGUGCGACAUCCCCUGUUAUUUCCCGUCCCCCUCGCACAUCACGAAGUGCAGGGGUUGACCUUCUGGCAACUAUAUCUGCUUCUCUCGACCCUCGCCUUCAGGCCGUCCGAGACGAAGAUCGCUCAGCACGCGCCAUUCAAUCUACACAGGUCAUGUCGCUGACCACUCAGCUCCGUGAUGCACACGCCACCGUCAAUAAACUUCAUGGCCAGCUUGCACAAGUCGAACGUGAACGUGCUAAUGCUGAACGUCGUGCAGACCGUCUCGAGAUGCAGCUUGAAAUGGCCAAGUUCAUGCAGGACUCUCGUAGUGGGCACCAGCAGCAAGAACGUGUUCGUCGUGAGACAAUCUAUAGAGAUGGAGGCCGCUCGACAAUCUGGGUCACACCUGACGAGGCUGGAGAUGACUUUGGCCUUGAUGACCAUGAUGUGGUCUCACGACGUGACAUUGUUGAGGACCAGCGUGUGGGUCGUUACACUCGUGCCAUUGUUCCCCGAGUCCCGAUGACCCCUCGUACAUCUGCUACACCUCGUGCUUCAGCUACCCCUGCCAGUGGCCCAUCCUCUGCACGUCUCGAUGUCUCAUUCACACCAACAUCAAUUACCAUAUCUCCCAGUCAUGGUAGGGAAUCCAAAGGUCCCAAUGAGAUAGAUUAG